AUGUCUUAUGACCGUGAUAAUGAUAUGUCUGAAAAAUCCAAAGGAUCUGAUACCUCAAACCAUGAGAAGCGUUUACACAGCAACACAAUAACCGAGAAUGAUAAUGCAUUCCAGGAGGAACCAGGGAAUAGAAAAACUUCUCCUGUUUACCAAACAAACAUUGGCUGCUUUCCUAAAACAUCCAGUAUUGGCAUUGAGGCGGCGCCACCAUUGCCAUCACUGGCUUCCUUGCCGGAAACGACUAAUAAUCAAAAAAUUUUGAGGAUCACCACCACCGAUACAACAGGAUGUUCAAGUUCCGAGAAAAGUAGAAAACAACUGUUGGCGGCGCUUUCUUGGGUCAGUCCCCUUUCGAGCCUUCCUGAUACCGGGUUGAGUGAAGAUAUCAUUUCGACAACCAUUGAAACCAGGAAGCGAGAAAAAGACUAUGAAAACGUAGAAAAUAAUAAUAACCCAUCGGAGAGUAACUACGAAAGUGAUGAUUAUAAUAAUAGGGAAUCACCACCCAUAAAUCCAUCAAACUAUUCUUACACUUACAAUCCCUCACAUAGCACAGACGAGCACCAACUUUGUCCACCAAUUUUCCCCAGUAGGAAUAGCUCAUGUACUUCUGAAAAUAAGUUUGCAAGGAGUGCUCCCAGGUACAUUCCUCCUAUUUCCUCCUAUUUCCAGGUGUUAUCAAACUCUUCUUCAUCGAAAAGUUUUGAGAAAUUGUUUGAAUGGCAGUUUUCACUCGAUUUCCCCCAGAGAAAUCGGAAAGAACCAAGAAAUCACGGAACAUCACUGGAAUCAAACAGUGAAGGUUCAAUCAGUGAGAACGAUGAUGAGAUUGAUUGA